AUUGAGGUUAUGUUUUUGUUGAAAGUUUAAUUUUUCGGUGUUGUUUUACUGUUUAAAAAGUGAAUUUAUCUGAAUGAUUUAGGAAUCGUUAAAUAUGUGGCGCCGUUAUUUGCUGUGGUUUGCCCAUGAACAUAUCGACUUUCGUCAUGCUGAAAUGCAAAGCAUUAUCUCCAUGUUAGACAUUCCAGUAAAAUAUAUCGAAGAGCCAAGCAUCAAGAAACCAUAUUGGAUUGUUGAAUUACCAACAGAAGACCAUGUUAAAAAAAUAGCAAAUAGAUCAGUUCUGCUCAAAAGUUGUAUAGAACUGUGGUCCCAUGCUAAAACUGAGACUGAGCUACACGAGAAUUUGAAGCAGGCUAUUAAAAAUACUUCUGGUGAAUGGUUAACCAUCAAAGAUCUAGAUGUAAUUGGUUCGCACUCACAAGUUUGUCCAAGUGAACAGAUUGAGGCAUGUUGUGAUCUCAAAAAGUCAUUCAAAGUAGAUGUAGAAACAUUUUGUAAACAUUUUACAAUGAAGGAGAAGGUUCACAAAAUUGAGAAUUUCAGCUACCUGCCACUUAAGGGUCCAGUGAAAUUAAAAAAUCCAGAUAUAAUAUUGUCAUACUUUGAAUUCUAUGGAGUAGAUCCAAAUAAUGUGCCUGACCAGCCUUAUGAUGUGUUCUUUGGAAGAUGGGUAACAGAUGGCCAAAGAGACUUAAUACAACACCAUUCAUUAAAACGUCGUCAUUUCAUUGGUAACACAAGUAUGGAUGCCCAGCUGUCAUUGAUCAUGGCUAACCAGGCACAGAUAACAUCAGGUGAUAUUGUACUGGACCCCUUUGUUGGGUCGGGCUCUUUACUUGUUGCUGCCGGACAUUUUGGUGCUCAUGUUUGGGGUUCUGACAUUGACUUCAUGAUGCUGCACGGCCGGACACGGCCCACGCGGGUCGGACAAAAGGUUCGUGCGAGUGAAGAAAGCAUCAGAGGCAACAUGAAGCAGUACAGCAUUGAAUCCCGGUACCUGGACGUGGUGAUCAGCGACUUCUCUCUGCCUAUGUGGAGGGAGGGCCUAAAGUUUGAUGCUAUUGUUACGGAUCCACCAUAUGGUGUACGUGAACCGGCCGAGAAGAUUGGAAUAGAAAAGGAGAACUACACUCUAUCCGAAGAGCACCAGAUCAAUCAUAUUCCUUCCAAAGUAGAGUACGGACUGCCGCAUAUAUACAGCGAUCUGUUGAACUUUGCCGCAAGACAUCUGGUGAUGGGCAGACGGCUUGUUUGUUGGUAUCCUUUAGUCAGAGAUGAGUAUAAAGAGGAUGAGUUACCUUGUCAUCCCUGUCUCCGGCUGGUGGGCAACUCGGAGCAGGUUCUGUCCAAGCUGACUGCACGUCGGCUGCUCACCUAUGAGAAGGUGCAUGAUGAUGUACCUAAUAUGCCUGUAGACCCCAACUCAGCGGCUCAUAACUUCAGAGAAAAAUAUUUUUCAAUCGGUGAGAUAUCGAGGAAGGAAAGAAAAGAGAGGAAAGCGGCGGAAAUUGCAGCGAACGCCGCGGCGAUGGCGCUCGCUCACAAACAUAGAAAUAAUCUAAAGUACAAAUAAAUCAUUUAAAAAAUUAA